AUGGAAGACCCGACAAAAGCGGUGGCUGAGAAGCCAAAAUCCAAGACCAACCGUCCCGGGAAUUCAAACGGCGCCGUGGUAGCCCGCAAGUCCCGCGCCGAUCUAAUUCCCAAGCACGAGAGGGUGAGGGCACAACGCCACCGCGCGGCAAACAGCGAAUACGGCAGGGGAACGGGGCUGGACACCAGGAAAAUCAAGGACAGGAAGCUCCGGAGGAAUCUCUCGGCGUUAGAAAACAAGUUCAAAGAUGCGGCGAUCAAGGCUAAGGAUGCCGAGAUUCUCCACGAGAAUGCGGUCGGCUUCCUCGAGACGGAACACGAGUUGGAAAGGACGUAUCGGGUGCGGCAGGACGAAAUAACGGAACAUGCGGCAAUAGAAACCGCGCAGAAGCGAUUCGAUUUGACGCUCGACCAACUCGGCCCUUACGUCUUUGACUACUCGAGGAACGGCCGUGAAUUGCUCCUAGGUGGGCGCAAAGGUCAUAUUGCGACCAUGGAUUGGCGAGAGGGCAAGCUCGGCUGCGAGAUCAAUCUGGGGGAGACGGUGAAGGAUGUCAAGUGGCUACACAACAACCAAUACUUUGCCGUGGCACAAAAGAAGUACACAUAUAUCUACGACCACAACGGCAUGGAAAUACACUGUCUGAGGAAACUCAUGGAGGUAACUCAUAUGGAAUUCCUUCCUUACCACUUCCUCCUCGCUACCAUGUCUACGCCCGGCUGGCUCAAGUACCAGGAUGUUUCCACCGGUGACCUCGUCAGCGAAAUCCGAACGGGACUCGGCGCACCCGUAUCUCUAACACAAAACCCCUGGAACGCGAUCCUUCACGCCGGACACCAAAACGGCACCGUCACCCUCUGGUCUCCUAAUUCGUCAGAGCCCCUCGUCAAGUUAUUAGCACACAAGGGCCCCGUACGAUCGCUUGCAGUAGACCGCGCAGGGAGGUACAUGGUUUCGACGGGCCAGGAUCUCAAGAUGGCGGUGUGGGAUAUACGAAUGUUCAAGGAAGUCAACUCGUACUUCACAAGGCAACCCGGCUCGUCCGUGGCGAUAUCAGACACGGGCCUCACAUCCGUCUCCUGGGGUACGAGCACGACGAUAUGGAAGGAUCUCUUUUCCACCGAGAAGGUCAAGAGCCCCUACAUGUCCUGGGGAGGAGAGGGCAAAAAGAUCGAAAGAGUGCAAUGGUGUCCCUUCGAAGAUGUUCUCGGUCUCGGCCACGACGAGGGUUUCUCAUCAAUCCUUGUCCCUGGUGCCGGUGAGCCCAACUUCGACGCCCUGGAGGUGAACCCUUACGAGAACAAGAGACAGAGGCAGGAAGGCGAAGUAAAGGCCCUCCUCAACAAGCUCCAACCCGAGAUGAUCGCCCUCGACCCCAACUUCAUCGGCCAAUUAGACCUCCGAUCUCAGAAGCAGCGCGAAGCCGAGAAAGAUCUAGACACCACCGCGCCCGAUUUCGUCGAGGAACUCCGCAACAGGACAAGGGGCAAGAACAGCGCGCUGAAGAAGUACAUGAGGAAGCAGCGCAAGAGGAACAUUAUCGACGAGAAGAGGCUUAGGAUCGAGGAGCUUUGGAAGGAGCAGCAGAAGCAGAAUUCGCAGAGGCAGGAGGAGCAGCAGGCCGAGCUGGGACCUGCCCUCUCGCGGUUUGUAAGAAAGGAGUAG